AUGAAACUGACCUGCGUGACCACCCCCGGCAGAGGCGGCGGCUACCACUCGCCUGCGAGCCACUUACUGGAGCUGGAGGGGGUCCGCCUCCUCCUAGACUGCCCCGUCGACCUCUCGGCCCUCGCAGCAUUCGCCCCGGUGCCACUCGGCGCGGACUCCGGUGACGCGGGGAAGCUCAUCCGCGCGGUGCCGUACUACUGGUCGCUGGCGGCGCCGGCGGCCGCCAAAGCAGGUGGCGUGGAUGCUGUGCUUGUGUCGUCUGCCACGGGGAUGCUUGGGCUCCCCUUCCUCACCCGGCUCCCAAGCUUCGCAAAUACCAAGGUUUAUGUUACAGAGUUAGCUGCAAGGAUUGGAAAGCUAAUGAUGGGGGAGCUCGUGGAGAUGCACUCUGAGUUUGUAAGGUACUACGGGCCAGAUACGGAUGUGCCACCCAAGUGGAUGCAAGGGGAGAAACUCCAUAAACUCCUGUCGUCGUUGCAGAAUAUAGUGAUUGAAGAUGAGGGAAUGGAUUUAGCUCCUUUGAUGCCCCUUUACAGUGCCCCAAACAUAGAAGAAUGCAUGCGAAAAACCCAGACUGUGAAAUACGGAGAGGAGGUCUGCUUCAAUGGCAUGUUGAUGCUGAAAGCCUCUAGCUCUGGCCUGGAGCUUGGCAAUUGUGUCUGGUCAAUAAAGGGUCCGAGAGCAAGUAUUACCUACUUGCCAAGCACCAUGUUUGUGUCAGCCCAUGCCUUAGAUUGCGACUAUAACUCUCUGAAGGAAAAUGAUGUCAUUUUGUUUUCAGAUUUCUCAUCCUUGAAUGACAUGGAUGAGAAUAAUGAGAAUCUGGGUGAGAAUGCAAUGCUUUGUGAUGACUCUGUGUUGAGGGAUGGUGGUGUUGAUGAGGAUGAAGACGUCCAGUGCCUGUCUAAGAAUGAUGAUAUUGCAGAGGAGAUUGAGAGAAUCAGUUUCAUAUGCUCAUGUAUAUCAGAUGCAAUUAAAUCUGGAGGUUCUGUUUUAAUACCAAUAGGACGACUUGGGGUUAUUCUUUUAAUUUUGGAACAUAUAUCAGAAACGUUACUUUCUUCCAACAUGAAGGUACCCAUAUUUAUGAUUUCUGGCGCAGCAGAAAAAAUAAUAUCCUUUACCAAUGCUGUGCCAGAAUGGCUAUGUAAGCCACGCCAAGAAAAGCUAUUCUCGAGGGAGGAGGAGGCAUUAUUCGGCCAUGUGGAGCUUCUGAAGGAAGGCAGACUAUUUCUGUUUCCUCAUCUAUAUUCAAAGGGCCUGCUGGCAGCGUGGAAGGAGCCCUGCAUUGUAUUUUGUCCAGACUGGAGCCUUAGGCACAGCACAGCAGUCCAUUUGCUUCGUCGGUGGCAUGCAGAUAAACGAAAUCUUCUUAUUUUGGAGGAAGGAGUUGAUUCUGAGUUGACUCUUAAGCCUUUCAUGCCUGUGGCAAUCCAAGUUCUUGAAUGUUCUUUCCUUUCUGGAAUAAAGGUGCGGAAAGUCAAUCCAUUGCUGUCAGUUCUCAAACCGAAGCUCGUUCUGUUCCCUGAAGAACUGAAGUCGCGGUGUCCAUCAAAGGAGGAUGCCCCAUGGUCAUAUCUGUACUACUCCAAGGGCAAAACCAUGGAGAUCCCAAACAUACGGGAAGACUUCGAGGUGGGGCUUCCAACCGAUUUUGCCUUUGGGUUGCAGCCUAGGCAGUUGGACAAGGCCAUCGCCGUCGCGAGGCUGAGAGCAAAGCUCCAUCUCAGCAACGGGCAGUACGUGCUGGUAGCAGCUCCAAAGGAUCAGUCCGAUCAGUCGAUGCGGCAGCUGCUACACUGGGGAGCUGUGGAUGCAGCCCGUCUGUUGUCGGCGUUGCAGGAGAAGGGGAUCGCCUGUGCUUUCCCUGCAGACGACGAUGAUAGCUCGGCGGGCUGCGUGCGCUCGAUUUUGAUCACCAGUCCGGCAGAAGCUCUGGUGAAGAUAACAUCUGAAAAGACCAUGAUCUACUGCGACGAUGAGAAUACAACCAAGCAGAUCUAUGAUGCUCUCAGCAGCGUUUGUAAUGGGAUCUAG